UUCAGAGAACCGGGAAUGAUUAUAAACGAAACAUAUUCACGGCUUACGAGCUUAAAUAUAUUCGAUCCAUUAUCUUUGGAAACACUCUGUUCUUCUAUCUUUUGCACCACCGUUUGAGCAAUCCCGAAACGACGAAAAAAGAUAUCGCUAUCGCGAGAUUCUUCAGCCUUGCGACACCGCAGCGACUUUCCCUCCAACCAACCAGCCAAUUCACCGGCUAACAACGGUCUUUUCAACCAACAAUCACACCAUCAUACAAUCAUCCCACCAAAAGCAAAGCAAAUAGACAAAAUGGCCGUCCCACCAGCAUACCACGAAUCCCUCCCAUACAUCGACCCCGAGCCCUCCUCCGAAGCCCUCUCCGCCGCCCGCGCCCUCAUCGCCGCCGAACAAUCCACAUUCUCCCCUCCACCCCCUUCAUCCUCAACACCCCCCCAAGAACCAUCCUUCUCGCCCGCCAUCGCCGCCGAACUCGCCCGCAUCGCAUCCUCAGCACCAUCCCAACCCCUCGACCUCUCCCGCUACGAAGCCCAAGAACUCCCUCCCCCUCCCACAAAGAAAUCAACGCGCUCCAAAAAGACUUCCUCAUCAUCCUCCUCGGUAGAAGCAUCACGACAACCCCUCUCAAACGCCUUCAUCUCCUCCUCCUACCUCUCCUCCCGCGCCCAAAACCUCUCCCUCCUCGACUCCCACGGCCGCAACGCAUGGCUCCUCUCAAACUACCACCUCGAAGCCGAGCUCCGCAGCCUCGAGCGCGACCUCGCCGCCACGAAGCGCGACAUGGACCUCCUCAACGCAGCGCGCGCGUCCCGCCAGAACGAGGUGAAGGGCGAGAUGCAAGGGCUGGAGCAGAACUGGCGCGAGGGCGUCGGCAGGGUUCUCGAGACGGAAAUCGCCGUCCAGGAGCUCAGGCAGCAGAUACGACAGGAGCUGAGGAGCAGGGCUGCCGCUGCUGAGCAUGCUACUGCCUAAUUGCGACAUCAAAGAGAUAGGGCCUUGUUUUUACUUUAUUUUACUUUUCUUACAGUUUACUCCUUUUCUCUUGCUUAAAUUCUCUUUAGUAUUUCUCUCUUUUUUAAACUUUUGUUUUCUCAAA